GCAGCCUGCAGGUGAGGCGAGGAGGCUCCGUUGAUCUCUAUCCACAACAACCGUAGCAGCAGCAGAGUCCGCCUCCGCGGCUCCGCCCUAACCAACGAACAGCAGCGCAUGCACUCGGCGGCCACCUCAGACCUCACCGCCCUUUUCCUUCCCCGUUUCGCCGUCGUCGCAUCCGACCGCCGCUCCCCCGCCAUGCGCGGUCUCCGCCAGCAUCGGCGUCGAGCGGGCACCGCGGAUGGCAGCGGCGUGGUGCGGGUGCUGGCCCCUCGCGCUCCGCUGCGGGCCUGCGGCGCCGUCCACCGAACGCUGGCGCAGGCGGGGCUCAUCAAGUCGCCCCAUGCCCCAGCCCCAUUUCAGCCUCCGCCUUUCUCGCGCGCCUGAGCCCGCGCCCGCGCCGGCGUUGUGUCUUCUGUGGCGGAGCGUCCCGACUCCCGUGCACGAAUGGGCAUUGAGACAGGCUUGAUUGCGUGUGACUCUGAACAUAUUGACCAGAAUCUAGAGACACGGGCUAUAAAUAGUUGUUCCGUUUCUAAUAUUUAAGCUCUUUGCUGGAAGUGUAACGUGCUUCAGGUUAAGUUACUCUGUUGAUGUUAUAAUUUCAGUUUGUGCUUUGCCGGAGUUGGAGAUGCCAUCGACCACCUGUGCACUCCAUUGAGCAGGGAUCGAGUUGCCCAAAUUGUGGUGAUUGAAGCUGUCCCAAGUUCCAAGCCUAUACAAUGCAGGGCAUCUCUAUAUGUGGUUCUGUUGCCUCACCCCAUGGAGCAAAUUGCAGAAGGGCUUGUGUUGCAAGGAACAGUCUGAGGCUGCCAUAUGAGAUUAAUGCAGUAAGCCAUGGAGCUUUCUCAUGCCACUGGCGCAUGCAUAAACUCCACAUAAAGAUCAAUGGCAGAAGAAUGAAUGCUACAGUAAGAACUAAUGCUAGAUGGUUGUUUGGAGGAGACGGGCGUAGCAGCGAUGCAAGGCUGGAGCGCAGUGAGUCUGCUAAUGAAGAUAUCUUGAUCUUCUACUUCCAGAUGGAUUUACAGACCCGAAUACAAUAUGCAUUGAAUAUAGAACAAUUUGAUGUGGCAAAACAAUUGAGGGAAAAACUCACUGAGAUUGAAAUGGAGAUAAUUAGGCAACGUGAAGCUAAACGAGGUUCAUCAAAGACUGAAGCUCAAGACAAAGCUCUGAAUCUUUUACGUGUACGUGCAGACUUGCAGAAAGCUAUUGACAGUGAAAACUAUGCUGUGGCAGCUGGUCUGCGUGAUGAAAUCGCCAAACUUGAGGCCGAAUCUCUUGCAGUAUCUGCUAAAGCUCUUGCUUAUCAAAAUGUGAAGUAUGCGUUUCGACUAGGGCAGAAAGUACGUCAUAAUGUACAUGGAUAUAGAGGAGUGAUAUGUGGCAUGGAUCCUGUAUGCUGUGAAUCCAAGUCAUGGAUGGAGACAGCAAAUGUGGAGAAGCUGUCUAAAGGUCCAAAUCAACCAUUUUAUCAGGUCCUGGUUGACGUAUACGUUGAUCCAGAACUACUUGUCGCAUAUGUGGCAGAAGAAAAUCUUUCAGCAGCUGAAGAAUCAGAGAAAGGAAGGUUUGAUCACCCCUACAUUGAAUUUCUAUUCUAUGGUGAGGACACGGCUGGGGACUUCAUCCCUAUCAAACAACUCCGUGAGAAGUAUGACCAGCCACGCUAUGAAGCUUCUGGAGAUGAAAAUGACGACGAUGGCGACACAAGUAGCUGAAGGGCGAGCGCCUUCAUGUAGCUGAAGUUGUUUUGGAACCAUUCUGAUUCACCACCAACCGAGAUGUGAAUUAUUGAGGUAUCUGGUACAACUGCAGAUGGCAUAUGGUAUGCAAUGCAACCAUCGGCGAAAUGCUCAUCAGCUGGGAUGUGCAGUGGAUAAAUUGCAUAUCACCCUUGCAGAUUGGAGGUUGCGCUUUUACAGUUAUAAUCUCAUCAACCAAUGAAACGAUGCUUGAGAUACAUCUGCCUUGCUUAGUUGCUUAUACGUUAUACUGUCGACGGGUGUCAAAGCAAAAAGGGAAAAUAAUCCUUGUCGAUGUUCCGUGUACAGUUCUCCCUCAUCGUCUUAUUUUCUGUACCCUCUUACGGGCAAUUGUGCAUAUGUCAUACUUGCAACUUCAGUUGAGUUUAGAAUAAUUUACGCGAAGGCUUCGUAUGCA